AUGUCCACUACAUCCGGAGUCAAGGGCAAACAAAACGAGAGCCUUCUGGGCCUCAGCCUAAGUGAAGCCAGAAUUAUUCUUCUGGGCAUGCUUUGCACAGAUAGCUCAGGCAAGGUCGACUUCGAAAAACUUGCCGUGAAAGGCUCCUACAAGAACGCUUCUUCCUCCGGCAGCUCUUACCACCAGGCGAGACGCAAGUUCUUCAAUAUCAACGGCGACCCCCAAAGCCAGGGUGGAGGCACAAGCACCGCUGCCGCUUCUCCCGGGACCCAGAAACCAAAGAGCAGGACUCCCAAGCAGUCACCCGUCAAGAGAAAGAGAGAAGCAGCAGCAGCAGCAGCCGCCGCCGCCGCCGCUCCAGCGGACUCAGACAAUGCAAAUCCCGAUGGCGUUGUGCCUUCUACUCCAAAACCCAAGCGUCAGUGCAAGACGUCGCCGAAGAAGAAAGAAGUUGCUCCAAAGGGCGAGUCCGACGAGGCAGAUAUCGAGAGCGAUGCUAAGAUUGGCGGUGGCGGCGCAGAUCCCCAUCUCGUGAAUGUCAGAACUGGAGACGACGAGCCGUUUCUGGGAGAGAGACUUGACGUCGAGGCCGAAUUCAUGGCUAUGGAGAGUACCGACGAGGUGCCCGUGAAAGGAGAAGAGGGGCUCUGA